CUCCACUGCAUGAAACCAGGCAAUGUUACACAAAUUUCAGAGUUUCUCCUCCUGGGACUAUCAGAAGAACCAGAACUGCAGCCUGUCCUCUUUGGGCUCUUCCUCUCCAUGUACCUGAUCAAUGUGUUGGGAAACCUGCUCAUCAUCCUGGCCAUCAGCUCAGACUCCCACCUCCACACCCCCAUGUACUUCUUCCUCUCCAACCUGUCCUUGGUUGACAUCUGUAUCACCUCCACCAUCAUCCCAAAGAUGCUGCUGAACAUCCAGACACUGAACAAAGCCAUCACCUAUGCAGGCUGCAUAACUCAGAUAUAUUUUUUCCUACUCUUUGCAGGGUUGGAUGAUUUCAUCCUUACUGUAAUGGCCUAUGACAGGUAUGUAGCCAUCUGUCACCCCCUGCACUACACGGUCAUCAUAAAUCCCCGGCUCUGUGGACUGCUUGUCCUGGUGUCCUGGAUUAUGAGUUCCCUAUAUUCCUUGUUGCAAAGCAUAAUGGUAUUACAACUAUCCUUCUGUGCAGACUUGGAAAUUCCUCACUUUUUCUGUGAAUUCAAUCAGAUGGUCCAACUUGCCUGUUCUGACAACUUUCUUGAAAACAUCGUGAUGUAUUUUGGAGUUGGGGUGCUGGGUGGUGGCCCCUUUGUUGGGAUCCUUUACUCUUACUCUAAGAUAGUGUCCUCCAUACGAGCAAUCCCAUCAGCUCAGGGGAAGUAUAAAGCCUUUUCCACCUGUGCAUCUCACCUCUCAGUUGUCUCCUUAUUUUAUGGUACAAGCCUAGGCGUGUAUCUCAGCUCUGCUGGUACCCACAGCUCACAGUCAAGUGCAACAGCCUCAGUGAUGUACACUGUGGUCACACCCAUGCUGAACCCCUUCAUCUACAGUCUCAGGAACAGAGACAUAAAAGGGGCUCUGAAAAGACUAACUGGGAUGGCAGCUAUAAAGGGACCAAUUAUCCUUGGGCUAAAGAAAUGCCUAUGA